GCCAGCCCUCUUGCUCAUAUUGGUCAAUUAGAGGUCACAUGUCCUCUCCCUACCAAUCAGAACUUAAUGUGGUGGCUCGCACUGAGGAAAGUGGACAUUUGCCCCUCCGAGGCUUCACAGUUUUAUUCACCGAGGUCGUACUUUUUAUAUCAGGAAUAAGAUGGCUUUUCCCGGAUACGGCGCUGGCCCCGGUGGAUUUCCAGGAAUGCAACAAGAUCCUCUCUAUGGUUAUUUUUCAGCUGUUGCGGGUCAGGAUGGACAGAUCUCAGCAGAUGAGCUGCAGCGCUGCCUCACGCAAUCUGGCAUCUCUGGCUCAUACCAACCCUUUAGCCUUGAGACAUGCAGACUGAUGAUCAAUAUGUUGGACAGGGACCUGUCCUGCACUAUGGGCUUUAAUGAGUUCAAGGACCUGUGGCAGGCUCUGAAUGGCUGGAGGGGGACCUUUGCAUCCUUUGACCGGGACCAGAGUGGGACAAUAGAGGGCCAUGAGUUGCAGCAGGCCAUCAACUCCAUGGGUUACAAUCUGAGCCCUCAGGCUAUGAACUGCAUCAUGAAGCGCUACAGUCUGAACGGCAGAAUCCCCUUUGAUGAGUUUGUGAGCUGCGCUGUGAGGCUCCGCGCCCUCACCGAUCAUUUUCGAAGGAGGGACACAACCCAAACUGGCAACGCCUCAUUUCAGUAUGACGAUUUUAUCCAGGUCACCAUGAGCAUUUGAAGAGGACAGCACUAAACAGAGGGACACCCACCACCUUUUAAAAUCUUAUAUUAAUGGCAUUUACUUCCUAUGUAUUUUUACACACAUUAUUGUACAAAAAUGUCACUGAAACAUUCCAUUUUACCAAAAACCUUUUGUAAAGUAAUGCAUAGUGUUAAACUUAAGAACAAGUAACCUCGGUUUGUGCUAGUGUCAUUUGAGUGCCUGUAUACUGGAGCUUAUUAGUGUCACUCUUACAUCUGCAUGGGCUCUUACCACUAGAGUAACAAUGUAAACCUGCAGGCUGGUCAGUGGCAUGUGAACAUUAAUGGAAUUAAUAAAGAAAUAUAUGAAUUUACUUA